AUGUCACUUACCUGUGGAGUUGGAGCACAAGGCCCAUGGGCCGUGAGGAAGUUCAACAUGGAUGUAGAUGAGGCGGGAAUUCAUUGUAAGCUUCAAUUGAAUGAACUUGAGGAAAUACAGAAUGAAGCUUACGAGAAUGCUCGACUUUACAAGGAAAAGACGAAGGCCUUUCAUGACAAGAUGAUUCGCACCAAGUCCUUCUCUGUUGGACAAAAAGUGUUGUUGUUUAAUUCUCGUCUUCGUCUAUUUCCGGGUAAGCUACGUUCACGUUGGAUUGGACCCUUUGUUAUUACUAAUAUUUUUCCUCAUAGUGCAGUCCAAGUUCGUAGUUUCAAAACAGGUCAAGAGUUCAAGGUGAAUGGGCAUCGCGUGAAGCCUUACUACGAGAGCUUUGUAGAAGAUGAUGUGGAGGAGACAACCCACUAUGUCAUGGGUACCCAUGAAGGUUGA